AUGGCACAUAUCACACACACAACACACACAUACCAUUUGAUCGAUGACGCGCCGGGCGAUGCGAGACUAUCGGUGCUGGACAGCGACCAGCCAUACGCUAUAAAGGGCCAGACAUUGACACUUGAAUGCCAGUGCAACGACCAUGGUAAUCCGGCCGCGCACACAUUUAUAUGGACCCAUAAUGGCCGACGGGUAGAGUCAGUAUCGGUGGCCGAGAAUCACUUGUUACGGGUGGGACCGGCGGAUGUUCACACACGGGGUGACUACGCCUGUGCCGCCAUCAACACCGUAGGCCAGGGCCGGUGGGCUAACCUGUGGCUCGACGUUAAAACCCCGCCCCGACUGGUGCACGGGUUAGAGCCUACGCUGGGAUCGUUGGCCAACCGAUCGCUAACCAUGUCGUGCCGAGUAGAGUGUCACCCGACAUGUGCUGUCCAAUGGUUUCGCAACAACGACAGUCUACCCCCGAUAACUGAUCCGUUGACCGAUUAUUAUUAUCACGUCGAGUCUGUGGAGCACCAGUUGGAUGAGCGGAACGGCGCGUUUGGGUCGUUGACGAGUUAUUUGCAUGUUCACAAUAGUACGGCCCUAAAUGAUCAUGAUGUUAUCACCUGCGCCUGCGAUGGUAAUGGCGUGGGUCCCGGUGUCAGGUCGUCACUGGUUUACCGACAUGAAUAUCCACCACACGAUGUGAAGGUAUCGGUGGCCCGAUUGGAGCUCUUGGAGGGCGACCCCAUCGGUGAAGAUAAGAUAUAUUGCACGGCGUCGGCCAACCCUACGGCCAACUACUACUGGACCCACGCGUCCAAUACGGCCCAUAUUUUGGCCGUUGGCCGGCAUUUGACGUUUAACACAACCGGGAGUACGGGUGCCGGUACUGGUGGCACAGGUGGCGGCGCUGGUGGUGUUACCCGUGAUCAAAGUGGCAAUUAUACCUGUGUGGUGACCAAUCGCCAUGGUCAGGCACAGGCACAUGUGGCUAUUAUCGUCCAG